UUUCUCAACUGAGGAAGCUGAGGCCCAGUGAGGUUAAGCAACCUGCCCAAUAUCACACAGCUGGCCAAUGACAGAACUGGAAUUUGCACCAAGCUCCACCAGUGUUCCUACAACACAGCUGGCCCUUUUGAUAAAGCAAGCAUGGGAUAUCUGAGCCAGGAGAUGAGGGCCAGUAGAGCCCAGGGAUGGAGCAGUCUGUGACACCUGGGCAGAAGCUGCAGCUGCAGGGGCCAGUGGCCGCUGGAGAUAAGUGAUGGUGCCAUUUGAAUACCAGCUGGAAACGGGACAGGAAUAGUGACCCCAGGAGAGCCCAGGCAGGUGCCAGGAACCAGGAUGCAAGGAUGAUGCCUCCAGAGGCCCUGGCCUCCCUCCAGCCUGGGCGCUAGGAGCCAUCCCCGGGCUCCAGCUGGGAGCCCUGCCGCCCAGGGGCAUGGCCAAACCUUUCUUCCGACUCCAGAAGUUUCUCCGCCGCACACAGUUCCUGCUAUUCUUCCUCACGGCUGCCUACCUGAUGACCGGCAGCCUACUGCUGCUGCAGCGGGCCCGAGUGGCCCUCCCUCAGGGCCUCCGGGCACCUGGCCCCCUGCAGGCCUUGCCAGUGGCUGCCGUGGCGCUGGGUGUGGGCCUGCUGGACAGCAGAGCCCUGCAUGACCCCCGCGUCAGCCCAGAGCUGUUGCUCGGCGUGGACGUGCUGCGGAACCCCCUGACCCGGCCACGGCCAGGCCCUCGCUGGCUCCGGAGCCGCAACUCGGAGUUGCGCCAACUGCGGCGCCGCUGGUUCCACCACUUCAUGAAUGACCCCCAGGGGCCACCUGCCCUCGGCCCUGAGGCCCCCAGGCCAGCCACCCGCAGCCGAGGCACAUACAUUGGCUGCUUUAGUGACGAUGGUCACGAGAGGACUCUGAAAGGUGCUGUGUUUUAUGACUUGAGAAAGAUGACCGUCUCCCAUUGCCAAGACGCAUGUGCCGAGCGGUCCUAUGUCUACGCCGGCUUGGAGGCAGGUGCCGAGUGUUACUGUGGGAACCGGCUCCCAACGAUGAGCGUCGGGCUGGAGGAGUGUAACCACGAGUGCAAGGGCGAGAAGGGCUCUGUGUGUGGGGCUAUGGGCCGGCUCUCUGUGUACCGAGUGGACGAGCUGCAGCCAGCCUCCAGGAAGCGACGGACUGCCACGUACCGUGGGUGUUUCCAACUGCCAGAGAACAUCACACAUGCCUUCCCUGACUCCCUGAUCCAGGCCAACAUGACGGUGGAGAUGUGCUCCGGAUUCUGUUCCCAGAAAGAGUUCCCCUUGGCCGUCCUCAGGGGCUGGGAGUGCUACUGUGCUUACCCUACCCCCCAGUUCAGCCUGCGGGAUGCCAUGAACAACGCGCUGUGUGGCCAGGACCCUGAGGCACAGAGGCAGGCAGAUUACUGCGAGGUCUACCAGACACCAGUACAAGACACUCGAUGCACAGACAGGAGGUUUCUGCCCAACAAAUCCAAAGUGUUUGUGGCUUUGUCAAGCUUCCCAGGAGCCGGAAACACAUGGGCACGGCACCUCAUUGAACACGCCACCGGCUUCUAUACAGGGAGCUACUACUUUGACGGAACCCUCUACAACAAAGGGUUCAAGGGUGAGAAGGACCAUUGGCGGAGCCGGCGCACCAUCUGUGUAAAAACCCAUGAGAGUGGCAAGAGGGAGAUCGAGAUGUUCGAUUCGGCCAUCCUGCUGAUCCGGAACCCGUACAGGUCACUGGUGGCCGAAUUCAACAGGAAAUGUGCUGGGCACCUGGGUUAUGCAGCUGAACGCAACUGGAAGAGCAAAGAGUGGCCAGACUUCGUCAACAGCUAUGCCUCGUGGUGGUCCUCGCAUGUCCUGGACUGGCUUAAAUACGGAAAGCGGCUGCUGGUGGUGCACUACGAGGAGCUGCGGCACAGCCUGGUGCCCACAUUGCGGGAGAUGGUGACCUUCCUCAAUGUGUCCGUGAGCGAGGAGCGGCUGCUCUGCGUGGAGAACAACAAGGAGGGCAGCUUCCGGCGGCGUGGCCGGCACCCCCAUGACCCUGAGCCCUUCACCCCAGAAAUGAAGGACUUGAUCAAUGGCUACAUCCGGACAGUGGACAAGGCCCUGCGUGACCACAACUGGACUGGGCUUCCCAGGGAGUAUGUGCCCAGAUGAUAGGCUCUGGGCUGCGUGAGAGACGCAGUCUCACCAGAGGACUGCACACCCACCAUCCUGCCCGGGCUCGUGGCCUUGCUGGGACCAUUGGCAGGAAGGCCUGCCCCAUGCUGCUUACACACAGGGAGACCUGAACACAGGUGGACACACAUGCCUAUCCAGACACCCACACCUUCUCAGACACACCUAGACACCACUCCAUGCUCACAGUGCCCAUAUUGACACAGCUAGGCCACCCAUGCAGGGGGUGCCAGACGUUGCAGAUGCAAACACAGCCACGCACAGAUGCAGACACACGGAUGCCAGGCUACAUGAUUCUGGAGGUUGGCCGUCCCUCCUCACACAGGCUCACGUGUGUGCCCUAGGCUCUCAGAGGCCUUGGGUGUCCUGUGUCCUGCCCUGGCAUGGACUUGCUCGUCAGGAUGUUUGACUCUGGGAUGCUGGACUGGGCAGGCAUUCGUGCUCUGAGCAGUGAGGACCAUCGGGAUGGAGGUGGGCGCAGGGACUGCUGCUGGGGGCUUCAUAGCCCUGACCGUGUGUCUGACAUCCCAUAAAUGUGUGUGGUAUGACUACCA